GCUGUGUGUGUCUUUUGUUCCUUUGUGACUCCUUCUUGUUCCCUUUGAAAAAUAACAAGAAUCCUUCUAAGGAAAAAGAGCAAUUUCUCGCGGUAACAAGGAAGACCAAUCAUGUCAUCACUACGCCUAUUAAUCAAAUCCCUCACCUCGACAUCGAUAUCAUCUCCUCGUCUUGUUGCCAGAUCUCGAGGUUUAGGAUACGGAGCUUUGGGAUGUUGUGGGAGAAGAAGCUUUUCAAGCAUGAGAUGGCAAUGGAAGGAUCUAAGAGACAUGGGAGAGGAAGAGGUGAAGGGGUUGAGGGUUGAAGAGGAGAGAUUGAUGAGGGAUUUACAUGAGACUUGUGAGUGGGGGGUUGGUGAGAGAUGGGGAAGUGCGCCCACAGAAACAGGCAUGUCUCGCCUCUCCCUCAGCGAUACGGAUAAACAAGCCCGAGACUGGUUCACCACGACAACGGAAGCGUUAGGCUGUAAAGUCACAGUCGAUGCCAUGGGAAAUCAAUUCGCCAUCAGACCUGGUAUGAAAGAUGGUGCUCCAACUGUAGCGGGUAGUCAUUUGGAUACACAACCUACUGGAGGCAGAUACGAUGGAAUCCUAGGCGUAACAGCAGGCAUAGAAAUGCUCCGAACCCUCCACUCACAAGACAUCACCACCACUUAUCCCGUGGGCGUCGUAAACUGGACGAAUGAAGAAGGCGCUCGUUUCCCAAUCUCCAUGGUCAGCUCCGGAGUCUGGAGCCACAAUAUCCCACUCUCCCACGCCCAUGCCCUCAAAGAAGUCGGCUCUGGCACUGCAACCAUGAAAUCCGAACUCGAGAGAAUCGGCUACUUGGGCGAAACAUCAUGUAGUCAUGAAGCCAUGUCGCUAGCAGCACACUUUGAGCUUCACAUCGAACAAGGACCUAUCCUCGAGGCCGAGAAGCGCAAAAUAGGCAUAGUGCAAGGAGUACAGGCGUACAAAUGGUUUACAAUCUCCGUCGCAGGGGCAGAUUGUCAUACCGGCACCACCAGUUUCCAACAUCGCGCUGAUGCACUGUUGGCGGCUUCUAAAAUGAUUGUGUACUCUCAUCGAGCAGCUGCUAGACGAAAUGCUUUGGCAUCUACAGGAAUCCUUAUUCUGAAGCCUGGGAGUACUAAUACUGUACCUGGUAGCGUGGCGUUUUCUCUGGAUAUCCGCUCUCCUGACGAUGCAAUUGUGGAAGCAGUAGAAGCAGAUUGCCGCACCGCUUUCGCCGCCCUCGCAGCUGGAAAAGACAUAGACGGCCUAGGCAAAGACUUUGUCGCCUCUUCAAAAUCCUGCUCUGUAUCCUGGCAAUUGGAUACACACUCCCCAGCUACCAAGUUCUCCCCCAUUUGUAUCGAGUGUGUUUCUCAUGCCGCCGAGGGUUUAUUCGGCAAAGAUGCUGAGAAACUUACAAAAGAGAUGACUUCGGGUGCUGGACAUGAUAGCGUGUAUACGAGUAAACGCGUUCCUACGACUAUGAUUUUCGUGCCGAGUAGAGAUGGAGUUAGUCAUAAUCCUGUCGAGUAUACGGAGCCGGAGGAUUGUGCGCUGGGGGCGCAGGUGUUGAUGCAGGCGGUGUUGAGGUUUGAUGGGUUGAGAGCUGAGGGCAGAGUUUAAUUUGUGAUCAAGGUUUGGGAGGUGAACAGAAGGCGUUAGACAUGUCUUUUUGGGUCGUGUUUUGCAUGUAUCAGAUGCCUUUCCUUGAUCUUGUGAAGAUGCGAUGAUGUUGCAUGUAGGCGUGGGAUGUUUAUGAGAAAUACUUGAUCUCGAUCGUUACUUUAC